UACGAACAAAUCCGAUAUGGGACCUGAAAGUUUACAGUAGCCCCUUCAUAUUCCUUGUUUACUGUUCUGGGGCUUCAUUUCUCUCUCCGGACUGGCAGAAAAAAUUGCAGAGUCUCUCUCCAUGGACGUCUCUCAUUGUAGGCCUCGAUCCUUCAAGAUGGACAGGAAGUCUCCUUUGGCUUUGGAACUGAAGGAGACGGUCUUAAAGAAGCUCCUCGAGUUCUUGGGGAACUACUCGGACGACGUUCUAGCGGAAUACAUUGUGGUGCUUGUAUGCAAUGGCAAACGUCAGGAUCAAGCACGAGAUGAUCUAGAGGCUUUUCUUGGUGACAGCUGCAAUUCUUUCAUAGACUGGUUAUGGGGUUAUCUUUCUGAAAAAGUGAAACCUUCGAAAGCAUCUGCUGCCACUUCAAGCCUCAGGAAGCAAUCUUCUAAAGAUGGAGAUAGCCAUGCUACAGAGGUUAACUUCAGGGGACAAUCUGCUAAGAAUAGAGAUAGCCAUGCUACAGAGAUUGUGGAGGUCGAAAACAACCAGAUCCAACCUCCUUUGUUGGAGGGUUGCAAUGCAGAUAAGUCUAAGAGUGAAUCUGUGGUACUCGUAGCCUCAACUGCAACAACAGCGGACUGUCCUGAUUGCACUUUUGUAAGUACAGAUAUGAAGAAGAAAUGCAGAUAUCAAUACAGAAGUGGAACUAUUGGUUCGUCAUUUACCAACAAGUCUUAUAUUAGGGAUGCUCCACAUGGAUCAGCCUUUGUGGGAUGUCAUCCAAUUAAUCAAGAAACUUGUGUAAAGGACAUUGAUUGUGGAGGCCAGAUUAAGCAGAUAGUAGGUGGUGCACAUGCUGCAAGUUGUGACCAAAACUUUCAAGCAUCAACAGAGAAACCAGCUUUCAUUAACCCUCGAUUAGGUAUUGCUGGUAGUGAAAAUGCUGAUGCAAGAGUAUCUGGAAGAGAUGCUGAUGACAUUGUGGCAAACCAUGUCACUAGUAAGCGAACCAAUGUUUGGGACAGAUUAGGUAGGCCUGCUGAAGAAAAUGCUGUUGCAAAAGAUGAACAGGUUAUAGUGGGUGCUUUCAACGGAAUGAAAAGACAAAAAGAGGCACUUCCUGAGGAGAUGCUUGGCAGCCGUGUGGUACUCUCUGGUAAUAGACUUAAUAAAAGGUUAAUUGGAGAAGCUAUAGCAAGUGAGAAAGACUGGGUCAAAAGUAAAAAGAACACUGAUGUUGGGCAAUUUCAAAGACCAGAACAAUUAUUUGCUAUGAAACGUCAACAGCAUGUAUUUAAGAAAAAAAACCAGUAUCUUGAUUUUAAUUCUUCAAAUGAUUCUGUUCCAUCAGUGGAAUGUGUGGAUAAACAUAUUUCAUAUGAAGGAGUAUCUGGAAGAUUCCCAGAAGCAUCUGAUGUUCAAUGUGGAUUCACCCGAAACCUUAACUUCGUUGGUGAUGGGACAAGGAAAACAUCUUCUUUAUCUUCUGGUUUACGAAGUCCUUCAUCUAUAUCUUUGAGCAAAAUAUCUUCAUCUCUUCAAAAUCAAAAGGAAAUGAAGGAGAGACCUCCUAGUGCAGAGAUGAAGGCAGAUAAAUUUCAUGCCUCUCAGGAUGGUUGUUAUGCUGAUGUGGAGAUGGAGCAUACUGGCCACGGCUCCAAACAAUCGGAGGUUCAAGAUGUGAAACUAAGAUUGCAUCAAAUAGAAAUGGAGAUGCAGAAACUGCGGUCUAAACAUUCAGAAAUCAACAGCGAAAUCAAGCCACAUGAGUUGUCUAAUUCUGGUGGGAGAAGUAUGCUGCCUCAUCCUGACGAAGAUAUUGAAUCAAGGACUGUCUUUCUCACAAAUGUGCAUUUUGCGGCGACUAAGGAAGCCUUACAUUAUCAUUUUAUGAAAUGUGGGCCUGUGAUAAAAGUUAUUAUAUUGACUGAUGCAGUUACUUCCCAGCCCAAUGGGUCAGCUUAUAUAAUUUUUGCUGACAAGAAAGCUGCAAACAAUGCAAUUGCAUUGAAUGGAACUUCUUUUAUGUCUCGGAUUUUAAAGAUUGAGCGAAAGUCAGAUGUAUCCACCACUCCUGCUAAACCUUUACGUAUCUCUGCUCAUGAUCUCAGCCUGCCACCAGAGAAUCCUUCAUAUGCUAAGAAGACUCCCUUCGUUAAGAGACAGUACAUCACUUCCCAUCUACAAUGGAAACGGGAUACUGGUAAUGAUUCCUUGUCUGGUACUGCCGCUGGUAGCAACAACUCUUCUGUCGCAGACCGCAGCAUGGAACUCCACUCACCUACGUAAGGAGAGCUGGAACGUAGAGAAAUAUACAUUCUGCUGCGAUGAGUUUUCCUUGGUCAAAAUAAAGCUCCAUCUACUGCCACAAAAAUUCACAUCGAAUUAGAGGCAAAGCACAACCAAUUGUUCAGUAGAGAAACAGCGAAGCUUCUGUGCGUUUUGAGUUCAAGAAUCCUUCAUUUGCACAGAACACAAAACGUCAUUCACUAAUAGAAGAAAAGGGCGAUGGGCAGAUGACAAUUGGAGAAUACAGAUGAUGUGGAGGUAGGUAACCUGCCAACGUUCAGAUAUACUGAACUGUUAACCAUGAGAUACGAGAAUAGCAUUUUUCUUGUAUGACUUGAGGAGCCUCUUCUGUUCUUGCAAUGAAAGCACAUAACAUUUUUGAAUUUGGGGCUCUUUGGGAAAGACGAUUUUACUUGUGACCCAAAAGGGUAUAACUGUCACUGUCAGUGGCAAUAGCAAAUUCCUAACAUGACAUUUACUGUGAGUUGCCUUCA